AUGCACACCGUUUGCUGGGGAACACGGGUCGCGACCGCGCCAACCCCGAUUCGGAACCACAACACGGCCCGGAAGCCCGAGCGCGGGGCUCGCGUCCCUCAGUGCGACCACCGGCACGACGGGAGGAAGGACGCCGCCGCCUCCCCGGCCGCUUUUCGGACGGCCGAGCUUGAAUUGGUGGAGGACGUCUGGCGAGGAGAAGCCCAGGAUCUCCUCACUCAGAUCGCGCAGCUCCAGGAGGAGAAUAAGCAGCUGAUGACCAACCUCUCCCACAAAGACGUGAACUUCUUGGAAGAAGAGUUCCAGAAGCAUGAAGGAAUGUCAGAACGGGAAAGACAAGUAAUGAAAAAACUGAAGGAAGUCGUUGAUAAGCAAAGGGAUGAAAUCAGAGCAAAGGACAGAGAACUUGGACUUAAAAAUGAGGAUGUUGAAGCACUUCAGCAGCAGCAAAACAGACUAAUGAAAAUUAACCAUGACCUUCGCCACAGAAUAACCGUUGUGGAAGCUCAAGGGAAAGCCCUGAUCGAGCAGAAAGUCGAGUUAGAGGCGUAUCUACAGACCAAGGAGCAGGAGAUGGGAGCAUUGAGGACUGAGCUGGGGAAGCUCAGAGAGAAAGUGCAGGGAGAACCUAGCCAAAACGGAGAAGACAUUCAGGUAGCAUGGAACCCCUUUAAAGCUGGGGCGGACGAAAGCAGUGGCGUGGCCGUGCUCAGCGUUGCCACAGGGCCCACGAAGGUCUCCAGGGAGACGGGCAACUGGCCUCCCAUCCGGUGGAUGCAGCAGCUUCUGGAUACACGGUCCUGCAUGCAUCUGGGCGUCCACUUCGGGAAUCAGAGUGCUGAACUGGAUGGAUGGAAGAACCCACAGGCGCUAUUUUAG